UGCUAUGCCUCCGGCCGAAACCCCCUAUCCGAAGAAGAACGUCAAAGAAGACACGAAGAAGCGAAAGCACGCGCUAAAGAGAAAUGGCGCCUUAGAUACCAUUCGGACCCUGAGUUUCGUGAGAAAUGCAAGCAAAGUAAUAAGAACAGUUACGCCAAUCCCGAGGUCCAUGAAAGGAGAAUGCGAGAGCUCAGGGAAAGAUAUGCCAACGACUCUGAAUUUCGUGAGAAGAAGCUACGAUACUAUAAAGAGAAAUACGCCAAUGAUCCUCAACAUCGUGAAGGAAUUAGUCGGUCAUCCGCUAAGCAAUGGUUGGAGCUCAGAUCAACGUUUGAACAAGAUCCUAAGGCACAUCAACUGCGGAAAGACCAGAUCGCUAAGCGUAUGCUGGCAAUGUAUCAUGAAAAAGCUGAAUACAGAUGGAGGCUGAACCUAGCAGCCCGACUCAGAUUAUCACCACGUUAUCGUGAUGAGGUCGUCUGGAAUUCACACAAACCCGUCAUCUACUCAACGAAAGUGAAUCAUACCUGUGCCACUUGUGAUCGCGAGAGGUUCGGCGGGUUGAAAUUAUGGUGGCAGCGCAAGAAUGAACCUGAUAAGUACGACUGCUUUCGGUGCUUUGCAGCGGAUCGAGAAGUAUCAACACCAAUAUAUUUUCCUCCAAAUCUUCAACCCUUGCUCGACCGCGGCCCAGUGGAGCGACCUCGAGAUCACGACGAAAAGGGUGAUGAAGGAAGCGGCACAGGAUCCACAACA